UGCCGUCGCAGGGCACAGUUGGCCAACAAUCUGUGCUGACCCUCUGCUUCAUCUCUCAAGUUCGCAAUUUGACAGGAAGCAGAAGAACUGGAAAAUUGAACACCUUUGAAAGACUGUUUGGUUUCAGAUCAGGUGUCCCUCUCACCUCAGGGGCCAGGAUGCUGCCCUAUUUCACAUCAGUGCUGCUGGUCACAUCAAUCUCCAGCGUUUGGGCUCAAGGCUUUUCCGAGGACAGAAAAACAUACAAGAAAUCCAGAGCCAGGCCGAUAGCUGCAAGCAUCCAUGAUGGACAGGCCAUCCUGGAUGAAGACUGCAGCCUGGAGCUUUCCUUCUUGUUGGACAGUUCUGAGAGCGCGAAAGACAAUCAUGAGCAGGAAAAGCGUUUUGCAAUGGACAUGGUGGACAGACUCCAAGGAGCACGGCUGCCAAGCGGCCGCAGCUUGAGUUCCAGGGUGGCCUUGCUGCAGUACAGCAGUCAUGUUAUCAUGGAGCAAACCUUUAAAGACUGGAAGGGACCCGAAAACUUCAAGAACCGGAUCAGGCCUAUAGUUUACAUUGGACAUGGCACCUACACCACCUAUGCAAUCACCAAUAUGACAAAGAUGUACCAGGAGGAAUCCAGAGUUGGAAGCAUCAAAGUGGUGGUGUUGCUCACAGACGGCGUUUCACACCCAAGAAACCCGGAUAUUUUUUCUGCCAUUGCUGAUGCCAAGAACCAGGGCAUCAAGUUCUUUGCUCUGGGCAUCACUGGGACGGCCAAGGAGCCGACCAACAUAGCUGAACUCCGCCUGCUGGCCAGCUCCCCAGCCUCGCGCUUCCUCCACAAUCUGCAAGACGAAGACAUACUGCAAACAAUCUUCACUGAAGUAACUGGCCUUGCUGAUGAAGGAUGUCCCUUGGCUCAGAGAUGUGCUUGUGAGAAAGGAGAACGAGGGCCCAGCGGGCCUGCGGGUAAGAAAGGUCGCCCCGGUGAUGAUGGAGCUCCAGGGCAGAAAGGGCAAAAGGGAGAAGCAGGAUUAAGUGGAAUACCUGGGCGAGAAGGAACUGAGGGUAAGCCUGGUUACAAAGGAGAUAAGGGUGAGAGGGGUGAGUGCGGCACUCCAGGAAUCAAAGGAGAUAGGGGCCCAGAAGGCUCAAUUGGAACAAGAGGGCCAAGAGGUUUGCAGGGAUUACCAGGACCACAAGGAGACAUUGGACCUCAGGGGCCUCAGGGAAAGCAGGGAGAACGAGGCCUACUGGGUCCUCCUGGAAUCCAAGGAGAAACUGGUAUUGGUCUACCUGGUCCAAAAGGUGACAUGGGGUUCCAGGGCCGACCAGGUCCUCCUGGUCCUCAUGGUGUGGGAGAGCCUGGUCCUCCUGGACCCCAAGGACAACAAGGCGUGCAAGGGGAAAAAGGACCCCAAGGAGAAGGACUUCCUGGGCCCAAGGGGGAUCGAGGGCUCUCAGGACCGAGGGGGCUGAGGGGCCAGCAGGGUGUAAGCAUCAAAGGAGACAAGGGUGAACUGGGACCUCCAGGUUUUCCCGGGCCAGCUGGAGAGACAGGGGUGGGCAUUCAGGGAGAAAAGGGAGUCGAGGGACCAAGGGGCCCACCAGGAGUCAGAGGAGUUCCAGGAGAAGGAUUAUCUGGAGCUAAGGGUGACCAAGGCUUACCAGGAGAGCAGGGAGCUCCUGGAGAAAGAGGCAUUGGUGAACCUGGUCCAAAGGGAGAACCUGGAGCCCCAGGACCAGGAGGUCUGCCUGGUCUUCCAGGAGAAGAUGGAGCUCCAGGACAGAAGGGGGAACCUGGAUUAUCUGGUUCAAGAGGUCCCGAGGGAGCUCAAGGCAUUGGCAUUCAAGGAGAGAAGGGCGACCAGGGUCUGAGAGGGAUUCGGGGACUACAUGGUCCUCCUGGGAUUCCAGGACCUUCUGGACCAAAAGGUGAACGUGGAAUUCCAGGUCCACAGGGCAUGUCGGGGCAGCCGGGACGGUCCAUAUCAGGUCCAAAGGGUGAAGUUGGUCCUGCUGGUCCUCCUGGUCCUAUUGGGGAAACGGGUCUGGGUCUACCUGGUCCCAAGGGUGAUCGAGGUCUUACAGGUGUAAUGGGUCCAGUUGGGCCAAAGGGUGAAGGCAUCCCAGGCCCUGUGGGUGCUCCAGGUGUGCCAGGGUUACCAGGUGAGCCUGGACCAGAGGGAGUGGGAAUUCCUGGUCCAAAGGGUGAUGUUGGCUUUAGAGGCCUACCAGGUUUGCCCGGUCAACCAGGCGAGGGCUUACUGGGACCACCAGGUAAUAUUGGGAGGCCAGGACCAAUUGGUCCAGCUGGACCCCCAGGAGAAGGUAUUCAAGGUCCAAAGGGAGAGCCAGGAUCUCAAGGCAUGACUGGACCCAGAGGGCCCCAAGGAGAAGGAUAUUCUGGACCUAAAGGGGACCGUGGGUCACCGGGAGAGAGGGGAAUGAAAGGCACAAAAGGAGACAUGGGUGAUCCUGGAGUCCCUGGAGAAAUGGGGAGAGCAGGGAUCAAAGGUGAACCAGGCCUUACGAGAGAAGACAUUAUUAGGAUGAUCAAAGAAAUAUGUGGAUGUGGCAUCAAGUGCAAAGAAAGACCGAUGGAGCUUGUGUUUGUCAUCGACAGCUCAGAGAGCGUUGGUCCUGAGAACUUUGAGAUCAUCAAAGACUUUGUCACUCGGUUGGUGGACAGAACAACUGUUGGACGCAAUUCCACCAGGAUCGGACUGGUUCUCUACAGUCUGGAUGUGCUUUUAGAGUUCAACCUGGCUCGUUAUUUGACCAAGGAGGACGUAAAGGAAGCGAUCCGAAAAAUGCCCUACAUGGGUGAGGGCACCUACACAGGGACUGCCAUCAGGAAGGUGACUCAGGAGGCUUUCUUGAACGCUCGGUUUGGAGUCCAAAAAGUGGCCAUCGUCAUCACUGACGGUCAGACAGACAAGCGAGAUCCUGUCAAACUUGACUUAGCAGUGCGAGAGGCUCAUGCAGCAAACAUUGAGAUGUAUGCUUUGGGAAUAGUUAAUUCUUCUGAUCCCACACAGGCUGAGUUCCUACGAGAACUUAACCUCAUAGCCUCUGACCCAGACUCUGAACACAUGUACCUGAUUGAUGACUACAAUACUCUACCAGCACUGGAAUCUAAACUGGUCAGCAAGUUCUGUGAAGAUGAAAAUGGCGCUCUUAUUUACAAUCACAUACCAAAUGGGGCAUGGAACAGCAACAACGGAGGGUAUGUCUACGGAUAUAAUAGGUUUGACAACAACGGUUAUGGAAACAAUGGACAUGGGAACAGGUAUGAAAAGGAAGUUAAAAGUCAAAAAGAAACCAACAACAGAGGUCGUGGUGACACUUUUACGCUGCCCAUCAGUGCUGAUCACCGUCCUCUACAGGUAGAGGAAGACGACGAUGGGGAAGAUUUAGACCUGAGGGCUCGUGUGCAGACUGGUAGCAGGACAUCUAUAGUCAAUGUCGUCAAAGCCACAAUGUCAUCACCUGUAAGAAAAAGUUCUGCAUCCACGGAGGAAGUUUUAUCACCAGCAGCAGAACCAGUAUCCUCAUCACCUUUGUCAACACCAGCGUCUAACGUGUCGUCAGACUUUAAGCAGAAGCUUGUAGUGAGUCCAGACUUACCUAAAGAGGUCCCUGCUCUUGAUCAUCGCUGCAAUCUCAUUUUGGACCAAGGAACCUGCAGAAACUACUUAAUCCGCUGGUAUUAUGACAAACAGGCCAACGCCUGUGCACAGUUCUGGUACGGAGGCUGCGGUGGGAAUGAAAACCGCUAUGAAACUGAAGAUGAAUGCAAGAACACUUGUGUUCUUUUAAAAACAGCCGGAUAAGAAGACAAUUUGGAAAGACGUGAUUAUUCUGGAGUCUCAACAUUUCCAGUUUACUCGCUUGUAUUCACCAGUUUUCUUGCACUUUUCAAACAUUUCUGUCCUCAGAUACACAAGUGUAUGUUGUUCAGUAUUAAAUAUAUUUCAGAAAUUAUUAGUUUGAAAAUAUAUCCUCCAACCUGCUCUGACAAAACUAACCAACUUUUUUACCUCAGGACUGAAUAUGUUGUCAUGAUAUUUUAGAAAACACUUUUUAUUUUAUUUGUUUUUUUUUAGGGUAUAAACGUCAUAAAUUUAAAGGGACAACCACAGAAAAUGCAGAGCCAGACAUCUUUCCAUGCCAACUGUUUAGUUACAUAUUUCCAACAAGACAGUCAUGUUGAGAUAUUUGCUGUAAUAUAUUUUUUCUACAUAUCUGUUUGGGUUUCUUAAUUCUUUUCUUAAUAAUAUGUUUUUGGGAUUUUUAAAGGCAUCUGUGAUUAUCAAAUGCUGCUCUAAAUUUUAGGAAAAUGAAGC